GGGGAGAUAAUAGCCUCGACUAUUCUGCACGUUCACGGUUUCCGCCUUUGUUAUUUUCUUGUUCUCUCCUUCAAUGGCUCCUUGUUCUUCUUCGUUUUCUUCUCUCAUCUUUGCUGUCUCUGCGAUUUUCUUUGCGUUAUCUUUCUCAUCUGUUCAUUCUCUCACCUGUAAGUCUCAGAAGCUUCCUGAUAAAAAGGCAUUCUCCAACUGUACGGAUCUCUCGAGUUUGGGCGCUACCCUUCAUUACUCUUAUAAUGCCACCAAUAACUCGCUCUCCAUCGCCUACGUCGCUACUCCGGCUAAGUCCGGUGGCUGGGUCUCCUGGGCUAUAAAUCCGACCGGCCUAGGCAUGUUAGGCGCCCAGGCUAUCAUCGCCUUCAAAUCAAACGACACCGUCGUCGCCAAGACCUAUAACCUCACCUCCUACAAAGCAAUCACCGAAUCGAAGCUCUCGUUCGACGUUUGGGACCUGAGCGCCGUCGAAUCUGACGGUGCCAUCACGAUCCUCGCGUCGGUGAAGGUGCCGGGGAAGCCGGACAAGCUGAACCAGGUGUGGCAGGUCGGGUCGUCGGUGACCGACGGGAGACCGGACAAGCACGAGUUCGCUCCGGCGAAUCUCAACGCGAAAUCCACUUUGUCGGUGUCGACGUCAACAACCGCGGCGGAAAACACCACCACCGGGAGCGAGAAAAACGACGGCGUUUCCGCAACGAACAACAGAUUCGGCUUAGGGUUUUAUGCUGGUUUGUUAAUCCUACUAGCGAGUUGUGUUGAUUUCUGAUCUCCCUUUAUUCUGCACCACUACGAAUAAUAUUCCAUCUGCGUGACUCUUACUAUUUCUGCGGAUUCUUGUACGUGAAUAGGCGGUUUAAUUUGUGUUGAUCAGGAUUUCAGUUUCAGAUAUAUAAAAUUUUAUUUUUCCUCCUCAA